AUGUCGCGCCAAGUAGACUUAAAUGUAAAUAAAUUACUUGAUGGUCUGGGUUUAGAUGGUGAUGAUAAUACCAUCUGCGAUUUUACUAUUGCUGAUCAAAAUUGCGUUGCCGAGUCUCAAGGUAUCACACCUACCACUCCUUCUAAUUUCAAACCGGUACUGGGCAGCAACGUCACUUACGUUGUAGCUUGUGUGAUCAUAAACAAAUCAAAUGAAGUACUAAUGAUGCAAGAAGCAAAAGAGAGUUGUGCAGGCAAGUGGUAUCUACCAGCAGGUCGAAUGGAAAAAGGUGAAACUAUUGUGCAGGCUGCAGCCAGAGAGGUACUUGAAGAAACAGGACUUAUUUGUACACCAACCACAUUGUUAGUGGUUGAGACUGCUGGCGGAAUGUGGUACAGAUUUGUUUUAACAGGUGAAGUCAUUGGUGGUGAAUUGAAAACACCCGCUAGAGCAGACAAAGAAUCACUGCAAGCUAAGUGGAUAUCCAAUCUUCAGGAAAUCUCAUUAAGAUCUAAUGAUAUUUUACAUCUCAUUGAAAAAGCACAGUCAUAUAAUAAUAGAAGUCCUAGCAGUCAUUGGCAUAAAGAAAUCUUGCCUGCACCCAUUCAUCAUGUCAAAGAUUUAUUAAGACUGGUUGUGGUAAUAAAAAAGAGGAGUACUAAUAAGUUGCAUGUACUUUUGAGUGAGAAAACUGCAAUACAUUUUCCAACAUGUGAAAUAAAUCCAGGUAAAAGCAUACAUUCUACAUUGAGGAGAUUUAUGGUUGAAAUGUUUGGGGCUGAUGUAGGUCAGCAUAGGCCUCUUGGGUUAUUGAACCUAGAACAUGACCCCAUAGCUGAUGGUUGCUGCCUUACUCUACUUGUUGCUUUCAGGGCACCUCUUGAAGAAGUGCCCCUCAUUGGAAAAUGUGUCUGGCAGGAGGUUGCCCCUGGUGAUGAAAGUAGAUUGCUCUCAAUUAUUACAACAAAAAAUUCUUUGGUAGAGCUACAUGUUGUUCGUUAA